AGUUAGAGAUCCAGGGGAAUCCACUCUAACGGACAGAUGGAUGCUGUUCAUAUAGCAAAUCUUGCUCGCAAACACUGCUGUUUAAAGAAAUCACAGUUACCAUGCAUUUCCAAAAGCUGGUUGAUAAUGUAACAUGUGCUUUUCAUGCUGAAGUACUUAAGCUAGAAAAGAUGAAAAAUGAUGUCUCUUCCACAUUUGUUAUUGUUUCAAAUCAUCUAAAUUCUUGCUUGAAGUUGUUAAAGGAAAUGAGAGUAUGGCCCCCUUCUGUUGACAUUUUGUUUCCUGAGCUCACUUUAACAUGUAAUUAUUUGAUCCUGAACACAUCUUAUAAAUCACAAGGCUGCCACUUAAAUGAAUUUGAGGUAGAAUGUGUAGUAUCCAGGGCAUUAAGUAGAGUUUAUCAUUUGGGAAAAAACCCACAAAAAACCCAGCUUUUAUUGGAUUGCAUUACAGAUGUUGAGAGUGAACUUAGUAAAAUCAUAGAGGAAUUAAAAGAUCCAUUUUUACAGUUUAGAUUAGUAAGAAUUCUUGGCAAGCUAUUGACAAUGUGUAGUAUCUUCAGCAUUUAUAGAAAGCUUCAGGGAGACACAUUGAAAAUAACAAAAAUGUUUAGUCUUCUUGACAGUUUGAAGGACUUGGUGGAUCAAACUGUAAUGAAAGAAGUGCUACCAUUUAAGCACAACCUAUUAUUAUGUGAACAACCACCAUCAGAUGAAGAUAAGCAAUUUCCAUGUGUAGUUGAUGUGUUACAAUUGGUUUUGUCAGCGUGUUUUGGCCACACUAAUGAUUCCUGUCUUCAGUAUAAAAAGUGGGAAUGGUUGAAUACAGUUUUAAUUUGUGAAAAACUUAAAACAGAGGAGAAAGUUUCUCAAGCUAUUUGUAGAAUUCAAACAUGUUUGUCAGCCCCUUUAGACCCUGAGCACAAGUCAAAGAUACUAUGUAUGUUGGCCAAGUGUUAUUUACAGCUUGGAUAUUUUCAGUUAUCAAUACAGACUUGCAAAGAAGCUUUGAAUGUUUACAAUAAAAAUUUGUAUAUUUUUGAACUCCUUGUUAAAGUAUAUCAGCUGUUAGGACUUGAAGAGCUAGAGUUAGAAUCAUUAAACUUAUUAGUACAGAUUCUAAUGGAUAACUAUUUAAGAUACCAGCCAAGUAUAUCUACAGUUGGACUUGAUGAUGCUAUAAUUUUAGUGUGUAAAAUACUUCCUGAUCCAUGCCUUAUUGCUACUAUGCAUAAAUUUGCUAAACGCUGUUUUGAUCUACAAAGAUACAAAGAGGCAGCAGAACAAUAUCAGGCUUUAAUGAAAUUCCUUGAAAAAACUGAAACACUCUCUAAUAAACUGUAUAAAAUCUGCACUCAAAAGUACUCAGGAGUAUGUGAUAUUGUGGUGGAGACUGCAGAAGCAUUGGCUAUGGCCCAACAUUAUGAUGAAUGUAUUGUACUUUGUGAUAGAUUUCACAACACAUUCACAACAGAUGACACUUUUUCAAAAUUAUCUUUCAAUGCUGCCAAAAAGGUACAUCCUGGCAACAGUAGCAAUGCUGCUAGUCCUGAUCUACCAUAUUCUCAGGACAGCUUAUUUAGCACAUCACAGGAUGCUGACUUGUUAGAAAGUCAACCUGAUAGUGAAAAAGAUACCUUUUUUAAAGAUCAGACCCUAUUUUUAACUACGAAGUUAGCCUCAAGAAAAAGAUUGAGACAUUCAUCGGGUGACAGGGAGCAGCUUGGUGAAAAAAGCAGUAGCAAAGACACUGAAGAGUUUCACUUCCAAAUGCUUAAUACCAGAUUGAUGUUAUCUAAAGCUGAUUCUCUUGUUGCUAACCAGGGAUACUCAGAUGAGAUGAUGGGCUGCUUGUUGAAAGCCUAUAAUUUGUUGGUAAAUUUACAAGUUUCAAUUUUUAACACUGAGGCUGAACCAAAUAAUAGCUGCAUUAAUAAACCUGUCCUUAAACGUAGGUGUCUAAACUUGGACUACAUGGACAGUCAUACUUCUUUACUUUCUGAAAAUAAAUCUCAUUCCUCAUCUGAUGUUGACAUGGAUAAGUGGACACCAACAGCUGAAUGGUCAAAAUUAAUCAUUUUAGUAGCUCUUAGGAUAGCAAAAGCUGCUUUAGAACGAAAACAAAUAUCUUCAGUUCUUAAUGUAUGCAAGCUUAUUUUAGAAUUAGAACCACAUAAUCUCAGUGCUCACUAUUACAGAAUUUUGGUAAUGAGAAAUAACAGCCGUCUAAAAGAAAAGUUCAGCGAAGAAUGGCUUCAAGAAAGAUGCAUUGAAAAAUGCAAGUUAGAAAAUCAAUACAAAACAAUGAUGGAAGAAAUGGAUAUGAAAAUUAAGAGGCAGCUAAAAGAGGAACAAAUUUGUUACUGGUGGCAGCCAAGGGAAGCCAAGCUGUUAGCCAUGGACAUAGCCUGUAUUAAUGAUUUAUACAAUAAAUUUAAAAAAUGACAUUUUUUAGAAUUUGAUUUGUGUGUAGUGUUGUUGUAUGUUGCAGACAAGUUUCAACAAUAUUUUAAAAUACACAUUGUAAACAACAUUGUAUGUGAUAAAGCACAUUUUUUAGGACUAUGUCCUAUCUCUGCAAAUCCAAGUACAAAGGUUA